GUGGGCGACGUUCUGGGCCGCAAUCGAGAAAACCAGGAAAUGCUUCGCGAACAGUCUUCCAUCCGCCAGUCCUUGAAGAAUCGGGAAAACAUGCUACAGCAGUACAGCGAGAUCCACUUGGACAAUUUUAAACUUUCCAAGAGUUGUAUGAUCGAUCGGUACUACACACAGCUCUUUGCCGCUGGGAUUAAUGGUCAAGUUGGAAAUGAUAUAUCGGUGUGCAUGCAUUCAAACACAAUCUGCAUUGUAAGCUUGGCUUUUGGGCAUGACAUUAUAACCAAAGGAAAGCGUUGCGUCAAAGUUGUUUUUGGUAAAGGAAAGGAUCAUCGUGAUCUUGUUAAGAAUGAUGUGUCUGGAAAACGCAAAAAGGGCGGCAUUUGGGUAGAGGAGAGCACGAUUCUCUGCGAAAUCACGUGCGACGACGGUUCAGUUUACAAGAUCGCGGCAUGCAUCCGCGCGCGUUUGUUAGAAGUAAAUCUGCGUCUGCUGGAAGAGCCCGAGCUAUUGAACACAAAACCUCGCACGGACGGUUUUAUCGCUUUGUUUGCUCCGAAAGUGGCCGAUGUGAUGAAUAUUCAAAAGUCGCUGCUGACCUCCGAAGAGUACAUUCGCUUUUUCAAGGACCGGCAGGCGACGGAAUCGUCUGCAUAG